AAAAAUCAUCAUGUUCCUGUGUGAAAUAAGCAAGCCUCAGCAAAUGUAAAAUACAAUGACUAUUGACUGGGCCUUUUACUUGUUACUACUAGUAAGAAACAACACAAUAGUUGUGAAACAUGCAAGGCAAACAUGAACGAGGCAGAUGCCUUGGCAAGAGAAGAGAAGAGAAGAAACCAUGUGAGUAGCCAACAGACAAGGAAGACCAAAGAGUCCAAAACCGAUAGAGCCAACUGUUGGGAGCAAGCAAAACCGACAACCUUGGGAGCCUUGUAGCAAAGAAACGGCGGCCCACAAGAAGCAGGUGGCCCGGCCACUGGUUUCAGUGGUACUAUGUGUUUGCUGACGGUUUUGUUUUUGUGUGUUGGGGCUGUUCCUAUAAAUUCGAUGCGAUAGCAUCCCAUUUCUCAUCACUCACAGUCUCACUCCCAGAUCACAUCCUCAGAUUCAGAGUCGUCGAAAAUCAUCAAGAAGAUGGAGCGGCUGAGCUCAUCGGUGCAGUCGUGGGUGGAGGAACACAAGCUGGCCAGCAUCGGAGGGCUGUGGGCGACGGCGGUGGGCGCAUCGGUGGCGUACGGGCGGAGGAAGACGCCGCAGAUGCGGCUGAUCCACGCCAGGCUUCACGCGCAGGCCCUCACCCUCGCCGUCCUCGGUGGAGCCGCCCUUGCGCACCACUACUACAACCCAUCAUCCAACACCAACAACAGCAGCAGCUUGGACUACGACUUCUACUCGCAGCUGCCGCCGGCCACCACCGACGACGGCCAGGAGAACGAGAGGUGGAGCUGGUAGUGCUACCCUUCCUUCCUGCUGCAAGAUGCAGACAAAUGAAGAUGAUGACGAUCACGAUGAUCAAUUAGUAAUAAUCUAAUCGGCUCCAUUAGUUUUAUCUUAUCUUAAUAAUAGAGUAUGUCCUCCUCCUAAUCCAUCCACCUAGGAUGGUCUUAUCCACUCCAACCCAUCCUCUGCUCUGUACUAUGUAAUUAUCCAUUCCAUUCCAUCCGGACCCUGCUUUUCCGAUGCCUUGAUUACAAUUGAUGUCAGUGGUAUGCUUAUUUGUUCCUCCA